UCCAUGAUACCGAACCGAGCUCGACCCGGCGUGAGAAAAAGCGGACCGCAAAGCCGGGGCGGAACUCCAGCCGAGCAGCAACUUCCGGAAAGCUGGGUGCAUCGUCAGAAACGUACCUGUGUGGAAACACCGCUUGCGGAGAAAGGUUCUUACUGGGUUUUUGUUUUUAAAAUCAAAACGGUGCGGAAAAUGUCGUUUCUUUCAUCCGUCAGGAUUUAUUGAUUUAUUUGAUGCCCGGAUUUCCCGUGUCGGGGUUCAGGCCUAAAAAGAUGACAAGGCUUCUGAGAGAGCGUUUCCCUUUCCAAACGAAUGGAUGUCACUUAGAGCUUCAGAAUCAGAUGCAUUGUGGGAAGAGAAAGUUAUUUUCACUUUGCAUCAGAGGGCAGCAGAGGGACGAAUGGCAAUAAGAGCUGUUUGUUAACAUUACUUCCUGUCGAAGCUGGGAUUGCGGACGAUCAUGCUUUGAUCAUUCGGUGAUUGAUCGCUUACCCAUCCUUCUAAACCGGGUUGAAGAAGUCUCCAGUAAAGAAAGCGUGUGUCAACACACCAGCAGACACAAUUACAACGCCGCGAUUCUAAAAUGAUCCAAGCCACCGGCCAGAGGGAUCCUGACGUUUCACCUAGUGACAGAACAGAUGACGACGAUGACACGAUAAUAAAUCUGCAAUUGUUUCCGUAUUCAGAAGCUGGGAAUGAUUUAAAUGAUGGGGGCAUCCUGAACCGUUCCAACACCUUGACAAAUCGCCAACGUGGCAAUGAAGUUUCUGCCUUGCCAGCUACUUUGGAUAGUGAGUUUUUUCUGUGUGGCGCAGAUCCCCACGUCCUUGCUAAGCAGCGAGAGAGUGCCUUGUCCCUCGCCAGCACAGGAGGAUACACGGGCAUUGUCACUUUGCUGUUGGAGAAGGCCGUGGACAUCAACACCUAUGAUUGGAAUGGUGGGACUCCACUGCUUUAUGCCGUACGGGGCAAUCACGUGAAGUGCGUUGAGGCCUUGCUAG